AUGGCAUCAUCCGAACCCCGUCUCCCAAUCCGAACCCAACAUUGCGCAUUCUGCAACCACCUCCUCCUCGCAACAACAAGAGACAUAUCGACCCUGCCCCGCCGCGGCGGCGAAGCAAAAGAUAAAGCUAUAAUCCUCCCCUUGGAUGACACCACGAACGAGGAUAUAGAAGCGCACAGAACGAAACACGCGACCGUCCUUCUAUCUACUACUAUACCCGAUCGUCGGGCAACACUUAUCCGGCGCGAAGACGGGAUUGAGAAGAGGAUUAUUCUGCGGUGUGGUCGGUGCAAGGUUGCAAUGGGGUAUUAUCUCGAUAAUGCGCAUUAUGGGAAGAGUGAGGAUGUGGACAGUGAAAAGAGGACUGCAGUGUAUAUUCUUCCUGGAGCUAUCGUUGAGACGGAGAAGAUGGGGGAGAAGGAUACUGGGGAAGGGGAGUGGAGGGAGUGGAAUAAUGAAGCUUGA